UCUCGCGUGCGCGCGCGCAAACAUGGCUGCCUCCGUAUCCCCGCUCCGCUCCUACUGGGCACUUUAUAGCAGGUUGGCAGACCCCCACCGCUCCUGUCGGGCCAAGCUGCGGAUCCACAGAAAAUGGGAGAGUCAACGGAGGCACCUGCAUCAAUCGACCACGAGGCAUGCCGCCGUGGUGAUUUCGGGGACGGCGUUGGCUCGUCAGCUCCACAGAGAGAUCCAACGUGACGUGGAAGAGCUCGUUGCUCAGGGGAACAUGAGACCUCAUCUAGGAGUGGUCUUCGUGGGGGAUGACCCGGCCAGCAGGACUUACGUUCGGAACAAAACACGCGCUGCCAGCACUUUGGGUAUUUCCAGCGACACGGUGUUGCGACCGAGCUCCGUCUCUCAGGAGGAGCUGCUGGAUCUAAUAGACAAGAUGAACCGAGACUGGCGGGUCAGCGGCGUGUUGGUGCAGCUGCCACUUCCCGAGCACAUCAAUGAAAGAGCAGUGUGUAAUGCCAUUGCUCCAGAGAAAGACGUGGACGGCUUCCACAUUGUGAAUAUCGGCAAGCUGUGUCUUGACCAGAGAUCCAUGGUGCCUGCCACGCCUGCAGCUGUCUGGGAGAUCAUCAAAAGAGCAGGUAUUGAGACGGUGGGGAAGAAUGUGCUGGUUGCCGGACGCUCCAAAAAUGUGGGGAUGCCCAUCGCCAUGUUGCUGCAUACCGAUCGGAACCAUGAGCGCCCUGGCGGGGAUGCCACAGUGACCAUCGCUCACAGAUGUACGCCCAAAGAGCGGCUCAAGGAGCUAAGCAGCCUGGCAGACAUCAUUGUCACUGCUGCAGGUGUUCCCGGUCUGAUCACGGCAGACAUGGUGAAAGAAAGUGCGGCGGUCAUUGACGUGGGCAUCAACCGCAGUCUGGACCCCAAAACGGGGAAGCUGAGGCUCGUCGGUGAUGUGGACUUUGAGGGCGUAAAAGAGAAGGCCAGCUAUAUCACUCCUGUUCCUGGAGGCGUGGGUCCUAUGACGGUGGCCAUGUUGAUGAAGAACACUGUGACCGCCGCCAGAAACGCCCUGAUGCAUUAGCACCACACGCACGCACGCACACACGCGCACGCACGCACACACACACACGACGUGACGCACACACUUUUCACCGUGACGUCGCACAUACUUCCGGGUGGCAAAAGCUCAAGCCAUCUUUAAUCUCACUCAUGAACAAACCUCGAUAAGUCAUUUGACCACGGCAGAGCCAUUGAGAAAAUGUCUGCCAUGGUGAUUUGAGCCUUUUCUCCAUCUGUAGUUUGAUAAAUAUCUGACUUGAGGAGGCCAUUUUUGCCACUCACAUUGCAGUUGCUCAGGUCAAUCGUGGCUCAUCUUGUGAAUGUCACAUGACCAAACUCAGAAAGCAGGUGAGCCGCGAUACCUGUAAAACUAUCAUGUCAUUUUCUCUCAACAGAAAGUGGCCAAAUCCCAUCGAUGGAUAAAAAGAAGUCGUGAAGCACAAUACCGUAUUUCGACUAGUGGGCCCACUUGGAAUUGUUUUGAAACUGUUUGAGCUGACUUCCCCUUUAAUAGCAGACAUAGGCUCUGGAUAGCAUGAUGUUGAGCUCACGCUAGCUAUCAGGCUAGCCAUUAUGUUUUGCAACCAAACAUUGGCUACAUAGCCACCCACCCACCCACCUAACCUACCUCUUGGCAUUCUCACUGCACAACCGUUGACAACAUCUGCUCCCUUGAGCUUAUCCAACGCAUCGAUUCCACUGGAUCCAUCCAUCCAUUCAUCUGCUUCUACGGACACAUUUUUCCGUCAAUCACGUUCUGCCACCCGGAAGUGGCCUGGUGCCUAUACAAGCGCAUCGAGACUCCAUACCUGCUUACUUGAGACAUUUAUACCAUGUUCCUUUUCAUCUCUUAUUUAUUUCUUAUGAUAAGAUUUCAUAUUUUUUCUACCGAGGACAUUUGCAUUCUUUGUGGAACACAGCAGGUUUCACAGGAAAGUGAAAAUGAAAUCAACCGUGCUUCAGAUGCUCUCAAAAAGGAUUUGUAAUGAUCUCAAGUGCCAAGGAAGAGUGGUCGUAAAGCGGACGGCGCCGCCGCCUUGAAACGGGCCUCGGGAUGAUUCCGCCCCCACUGCCGCUCUCAUCAGCCCAGAUGGACCUGUCUGUGCAUGCAAAAUACGUGGGAAUAAAGGAAGUAUGAUGCAACUUGGGUUCUUUCUUUUUUUUUUCUUUCACUUAAAAAAAAAAAAAAAAAUCCCCACGGUUGCGAGAGUGCUCUAUAUAAAGUUGGGAGGAUGUUCCGUAGCACUACAUAGGAGCUCCGAUUUUGAAAGCAAGACAAAAUGUUAACGCAGAGCCUCAAAGAGGGUGUCCUCUCAGCCCUUCUUCUUCUCCUGGCUGUGUCGGGCCAGUCAGCACAAAGCACAAGAAAUCCCACUCGGCUUCAAAAGAACAGCACGGAGGAGGAUCCUCUACUUUCGAGUCCCCAGAGGCCGUGCGGGAGCCAAGACCAGAAGUUCUGUCUGAACGGCGGCACAUGCAUCUACCCCCAAGAUACCAGCAAGCCCUUUUGCAUAUGCACGUCUGGCUUCAGCGGGAAUCGCUGCCACUAUGACCGCGAGGUGGACACCAUGUUUUCUCGCCGUCACAUAGCUGUGGAGCACCUCAUUUCUCUCAGCUGCGGGGCAGCCAUCGUCGUCUUCAUUCUGGUCUUCAUCGCCUACUGCGUCAUCCGAAGGAGGUAUACAAAAUCAACAAAACAAAUGGAAUCUGCACCCUGUGAGGUGACAGUGUGACACCCUCCCUCCCUCCCUCCCUCCCGACACUCUUCAACGUUCUUCAUCUCUGCCACGUUUUAGCAUACACAACAGACAGAAAGCAACAUUUCUUUUCAUCGGAACAAAAAGCCUGUCAUUUUCUAGCAAAACAGCCAAGAGUAACAAAGCACUGUGUAAUUACCUUCAAAUAAAAUUGGACUAUUUAUUGUUAUAAUUUAUUUUGUUCCAUUUAUUUAAUGUUGUACUAAUAAAUGAAUGACAUUUU